CUGACGCAACACACGCGCGUUCUCACGUUCAAUCAACCGUAGAGUAUUACGUUACCUCGUAGAGAGAGAGAGGCAGAAGGCCCAGUACACGUUUGACCACGCUGCUGAGAACAUCCUUCCACAACUUGUGCGACGUUGGCCAAGAAAACCGGUUCCGAGAUAUCCUCCUUCGACUACGAUGCCCAAUUGUCCAAAGUGCGGCAAACCAGUGUACUUCGCCGAACGGAAGACCUUUUUGGGUAACGAUUGGCAUAGUUCGUGUCUAAGAUGUGAGAAAUGUAACAAGACGUUGACGCCCGGUAGCCAUGCGGAACACGAGGGCAAACCUUAUUGUAAUCAUCCUUGUUAUUCGGCCCUUUUCGGCCCUGGAGGCUUCGGACGAGGCGGUGCUGAGAGUUAUAUUUACAACAAAUAAAUCGUAACAUGAAUAACGUAUUCGCGUUCGUUCAUUGCGAGCCUAAUAUUAGUAUUAAUCGAUUAUGAAGUUUUCUGUAAGAAUUUCUCCACCGGUGUGUGUAUAUAUACACACACAUGUAUAUGUAUGUAUCUAUUAAUUAUUAUGUACAGAUGUUCGAGUCGAAAUCGAAUCGAAUCGAAUCAAAUAUAUACUUUCAAAAUAUACGAAUAA